GCGAGAGUGGACGGCUCCUGAGCGUGUCGGCCGGUGUGAGGUACGUGCAGCUCCCAGCCUUCUCCGAGGUCAGCUUCUUCAAAGUGGACAGCGAACGCCACCCGGAGACGCCCAUGCAGACCCCGCUGGGCUUCCAGUGCAUCUCCUACCCUCUGACCUGCUCCCAGUCACGGGGGCCGGGGCCCAGAGCCGCCGCAGAGGCCGCCGGAGGUGACGCUGUCCCCGCCCAGGGAGACCCGGAACCAGCGCCAGACUUGGGGGCUUUCCACAGCCAGCAGGACACCCUGGACGGGCCACCCGCCCACGGAGGGGCCGCCGGCCGCCCCGAGCAGCGCGUGCACCGUGGCCGCGCCGAGUUCCCUGACCUGCUCCUGGGCCCGCCGCCGCCCGGGUACCGCCCCUUCCUCUUCCUGGAGAGCCACCGCGAGAAGGCAGGCCUGAGCCCCGGGAGGGCGGCGCCCGCCGCGGAGGAGACGCCAGGCGGCCGCAGGCCCGACGGGACGGCCACCGCGGCGCUGCCGGCACAGGCGUACCCAGGGGAGUACGUGAUCAUGGUCCACGACCGGACCACCCCCCCGUUCCUGGGCCGCAUGCUGCCCACCGCCUUCAAGCACCUGCAGGUGGUGGGGAAGGGGGCUCCGCCCUGAAGAGGCCCCGGAGCCCACGCCGGAGGCGCCCACGGCGCACGCAGAGCCGCCAGCCACGGAGGAGGCCGUCCGUACCUCCAGGGGGAGGAGCAGCGGGGGGCAGGAGGACCCCAGGGCCGGCUCAAUAAAACAGUGUGGUCACGGUCA